AUGACUGUUCAUAGCAGCCCUGAUGACUCGUGGCACGGGGUCAUUACUUCGGAUGGCCCAUUCCAGCCCGAGAAGGACCGCUACCAUCUUUACAUCGGACUCUUCUGCCCUUUUGCUCACCGGGCAAAUCUUGUUCGGCAUCUCAAAGGUCUCCAAGAUAUCAUCAGUCUAUCCGUCGUGAAACCCUACCCCAAGGGCGACGAUAAGGGAUGGCCUGGUUGGCAGUUUCCGAGUCCUCCGGAUGAUGUCUAUGAAGGGGCUACCGAAGAUCACCUCUUCAAAUCAAAGUAUAUGCACGAGGUUUACUUCAGAGAUGACCCUGAUUAUAAAGGGCGGUACAGUGUACCUGUUCUCUGGGACAAGAAGGAGAAUCGAAUGGUCAAUAAUGAGAGCCACGAAUUGCUUCGUUGGUUGCCAACAGCCUUCGAUUCCAUCCUUGACUCGAACAGCCCCGGGCGAGACCUUGACCUCUAUCCCGAGAACUUGAGAUCGACCAUUGACGACAUCAAUGUUUGGAUGCAACGAGACCUCAAUAGUGGCGUCUACAAAGCCGGAUUCGCAACGACCCAGGAGGACUACAACAACAAUGUGCCAACAGUCUUCGCGGCACUCAACAAGCUCGAAGCACUAAUCCACCAAAAUGGAGGCCCCUAUAUCCUUGGCAAGCAGCUCACCGAAGUCGACAUACGCGCGUAUGCCACUGUCGUCAGAUUUGAUGUUGUCUAUGUUGGUCACUUUAAAUGCGAUCUCGGAACCAUUCGCGCCAACUACCCAGUCGUUCAUGAGUGGCUCAAGAACCUCUACUGGAAUGUUCCAGGCUUCAAAGAGACCACAGACUUUAGGCAUAUCAAAGAAAACUACACAAAGAGCCACUACAAGAUCAAUCCUCUUGCUAUUACACCUCUUGGUCCCUUUCCAUAUAUGGAGGAGGGCGUUGACUUGGACUUUGGCAAACUGAAACCAGGCGUGAUUCGUCACCCGGCUGUGCUUGAGCGCCAGAAGGAGCUGUAUGGUUCGGAGGACUUUAGCCAAAGGCUCUAG